CCUUAUUGUCACAUCCCAGAAGCAACAUAACCAACACGUCGAUGUCGGUUGAUCUACGAGCAUCCCAUACCUGCUUGCGGUUCCCUGCUCGAGUCGUUACUGUCUCGAGAGCCCAACUCUCUUCAGUCCACACUGGAGAUCUCACCAGACCCCUCGAUAGAGGUUGAUCGGUCAUUGAUGGCAGGAGUAUCCACGUCGAAUCUUCCUUUACUAAAGCUGUAAAGAACACCAGAACCGAGAUUGAGCAGGGAUCUACCAACAUGUCUCUUCCUCUCAGUGCUGCCACUUCCAUGCUGGAUGCCACCAUGCUACACGAGACACGAAGUUCACCUGCCGAGAAGGGUGCCCCGACCACAACGACCAAUGAUGGUGUCCGUAUCGUCGCUCCGCAUGAAUACAAAGAGGCUGCUGCAUGUCUUGCAGAAGCCUUCCGCUUUGACAAGAUCGUACGCUAUGCCAUUGAUACUCCGGACCACGAGCACCUCUCUGACGAGGAACGAUUCCAGCUGCACAAGUCAUGCCUCGAAUAUGUCACCUAUGCUCACUGUCUUCAAGGUCUUGUGCUGACUGUCGGUCAAAACUACGACUGCGUGGCAUUGUGGCUGCCACCAGGGAAGAACAUCGACGACUGGAUCACUAUACUUCGGAGUGGAAUGUGGAGGCUCAGCUACAAAUUGUCCAAAGAAGGCAGGACUCGGUUCUUUGACGAGUUCUUGCCAUUGCUACAUGAGACCAAGCUGGAAAUCCUGGGCGAGAGGGACAAUAACUCCUGGUACCUUAACUAUGUCGGGACCAAGCCCGAGUCGCGCUGCAAAGGCUUUGCUAAGAAGGCAAUUCAGCAUGUCACAAAGCUGGCCGAUGUUCAUGCGCAGCCAUGCUACUUGGAAAGUUCUCAUGAUAUCAACCUGAUCAUCUACGGCAAACUUCGCUUUGAGCUCAGGAAGCAGAUCUACCUGAAGCGCGCUGAUGGGCAUGAUCUUCGCAUGGAUGUUAUGGUGAGAGAACCAGCUUCUGUGUACAAGGAGAAUGCCAGCAGUGCACUGAUGAAGUCCGGUUGAAGGUCGAGGGAUCGUCAGGCUGUAGUUGCCAUGAAGUGACGGUUGACGAAGGAAUGCUAGUAUCGAACGUAGACGAUGACACCAGCAUCAUGCAGCGAGAUGCGACAUGACAUACGAUAUUGCUGAAUAUUCAGACCUGCAAUCGUUCUAUAUCUUUGCUGUUGGUGUGGAAGAAUGAACUCGGCCCAUAAUGGAGAUUCUAAGUUAUGGGGCUGUCAGAAGCCGCACGUUUAACUAACUUACCUAAAUUAACUU